AUGGGGGCCAGAGCGCGACGUCCGCAGUCGCAAUCGCGCAAGCAAAAGAGCGCUGCGCCCUUGUCCGUCAAGACUGACCACGACACCAACGGUGAAAUCACCGCCAACCACAACGGCACCAUGAAUGGCGGCGUCGAGAUGCGGCGCAAAACCGCCAGCAAUGAUUCCGCCUCCCUCACCUCAAACUACAUGGCCCGCGAGUCUUUUUCCCUCGACGACCCCGUCCCCCGAACUCCGACCUCGAGCAACGCCGGCUUCUUCCAGCUGCCCCUCCAGGACCAGCGCAAUUUUAUGCUCCUCGUUCUGCUCUACUUUCUUCAGGGCAUCCCCAUGGGCCUCGCCAUGGGCUCCGUUCCCUUUCUCCUCAAAAACCACAUGUCCUACAGCGAGAUUGGCGUCUUCACCCUCGCCUCCUACCCCUACUCGCUAAAGCUCCUCUGGAGUCCCUUUGUCGACGCCGUCUGGAGCUCCAGGUUCGGUCGCCGCAAGACCUGGAUCGUUCCCAUACAGUUCGUCUCGGGAUUUGGCAUGCUCUGGCUCGGAAGACACGUCGAGUCCAUGAUGGCCACCACCGGCAAGCCUGGUGGCCCAACCGUCUGGGCCUUUAUGCUCUGGUGGUUUUUCCUCGUUCUCAUGUGCGCCACGCAGGACAUUGCUGUCGACGGCUGGGCUUUGACUCUGCUUACUCCCAGCAACGUUUCCUAUGCCUCGACUGCCCAAACCGUAGGUCUGACCGCCGGCCACUUCAUGUCCUAUACCGUCUUCCUCGCCCUCAACGCAUCCGAUUUUGCCAACAAAUGGUUCCGGACCGUUCCCUCCGACGAUGGUCUAGUAUCUCUUGCCGGCUACCUGACCUUUUGGGGCUGGAUGUACAUCAUUGUCACCAUUGGUCUCGGGUUCAUGAAGCGCGAGGAAAAGUCGCAAAACGAGGAGGGUGUCUGGGAAGUCUACAAGAUCAUGUGGGGAAUUCUUAAGCUGAAGAAUGUCCAGACCAUCAUCAUUGUCCACCUAAUCUCCAAAAUUGGCUUCCAGGCCAACGACGGCGUCACCAAUCUCAAGCUCCUCGACAAGGGUUUCGGCAAAGACAACAUGGCCCUGACGGUGCUGAUUGAUUUUCCCUUUGAAAUCGGCCUGGGCUAUUAUGCAGGCAUGUGGUCACAAAAGUACGGUGCCAUGAGACUUUGGGGCUGGGCUUUUGUCGGCCGUCUGGGUGCUGCUCUGUUUGCGCAGCUAACGGUAGCCAUCUUUCCCGCCCAAGGUGUCACGACCUGGUAUCUUGGCUCGGUCAUCCUCUCGCACAUUUUUUCAACCUUUACCAACACCAUCAUGUUUGUCGCCGUCUCUGCCUUUCACGCCAAGGUAUCGGAUCCCGUCAUUGGCGGCACCUACAUGACGCUCCUCGCCACCGUCUCGAACCUCGGAGGCACGUUCCCACGAUUCUUUGUCCUGCGCCUCGUCGACGUCUUCACGGUAGCCACCUGCCACCCCGGCAAGCAUAGCAGCAGCGCCAAGCUCAAGGGCCCGCUGGUGACGGAGGCGUUUUCCUGCGCCGUCCAGGCCGAAAAGGAGAGGUGUGAAAACGGCGGCGGUGUUUGCGAGAUGACGCGCGACGGGUUUCACUGGGUCAAUGUUUUAUGCGUACUUUUCGGCGCGGCCACGUUCUUUUGGUACAUCAAGCCCAAGGUGCGACAACUUCAGGCUCUGCCUCUGCGAGCGUGGAGGCUGUCACCCGGCAAGCAAUAG